UUGGCUUGAGUUUUGGUUGCGCGGUUGUACGUGUACAAGAAGCCCGGCUUAGUUCAGUCAGUGCUUACUGCUUAGCUCAGUUUCAGUUUCAGUCUCAGUGCCCCAAUCAGUCAGUGGUGGGAUUAAAUUUUAAAUAAAUUUUCAACAACUUUAAAAACUUCAGUUCGUCGUGGUUCUUCUUAACAUAAACACCGCACACCUCACUGGGUAUCGCGGUCUUUCGGUUCACAAAACUAAAUAUCUCGCGGAUAAAACAAUUACGAAAUAAUUAUAAGCUUAAUUUGUACCUUUAUUGUUUCAUAAGUGCAACUAAUUUUCGACAAAAUGCUUGAAACCGAAGUUAUUCACUCCACAAACCUAUCCAACGCCCCUGAUGAUGACUAUGAUCCGUACGUUUGCAAACUUAACCCUGAACUCAGAGCCGUUGCCAAAGAAGAACUCCACGAAGACGAUAAUAUCAGAAAACAAGCUUUAGCCCAAUUCCGUGAGUGGAUCUCCAAGCAUCCGAAUAUCAAAAAAUGUCGCACCGAUUCGAUCUUUCUACUUCGUUUCUUAAGAACCAAAAAGUUUUCCGUGCCUGCCGCUUGUGAAAUGUUAGAACGUUAUUUGACAAUUCGUCAGCUUUUCCCACAGUGGUUCACAAAAUUGGACAUUGAAGAUCCGGCAUUGAAUGAGAUUUUUGAAAAUGGCUAUUUGGUCCCUCUACCGGAACGUGAUGAAUUCGGGCGGCAGGUUAUUUUCUCGGUUGGUGGAAAAUUCGAUCCUUACAAAUAUACAUCGGUUCAAAUGGCUCGUAUACAUUCAUUGAUUUGUGAGGCUUUGUUGGAUGAUGAAGAAUCUCAGGUAGCUGGGUAUGUUUAUGUUAAUGAUGAAUCUGGAAUGAAUAUGGGAUUUGUAAGUCUGUGGUCAUUGACGGACUUGAGAAGUAUAUUGAAGUGUAUACAGAAUUCAACCCCAAUGAGGCACAAGGAGACACAUUUUAUCAACAUUCCACAUUAUGCUAAUCGGAUUAUUGAAUUGGCAGUAUCAAUGCUCAGUGAUAAAUUGAAGAAGAGAAUAAUGGUUCACAAAUCUGUAGAUGCCCUGAAAACAAAAAUCAAUCCAUCAAUUCUACCUCAAGAAUAUGGAGGCACUGUUCCUCUUGCUGAAAUGAUCAAACAAUUCAAAGAAAAACUAAUUCAAAAAAGAGCAGCGAUUUUGGCUUUAGACGAUAUGUAUAUUAAGGUUACAAAAGAUGCAGUUAAUUUUGCAGGCAAUGACAUUGGUGACAUUGAUUCUGGAGUUGUUGGGAGUUUCAGAAAGCUUGAAGUUGAUUAAAAAAAUUCAUAUUUUCAUGAUUUCCUUUUUUUAAAUGAGUUUAUAGUUUUUGUCUGUUAUGUAUUAAAUUUUAUUUUUAAAUUUUAAUUAAGCUUAUUAUGGUAAUUUACUAUUAAUAAUAAUAAAUUUUCGUGUUAAUAACAUUAUUUUAA